AUGAGCCGAGGUAGCGAUGCGAAGGGUAAAGCAUGCGCUCUCUCUUGGUCUUCAUGGCGGUUCUCGACGACCUUGUUUUGUCUCCUCCUCCUGACUGUCUUCGCCACUCCAAGUUCGCCUGAUCUGACAGCAACGAAACAAUACCUGAGGGAUCUGGACGAAAUGAAGAUCCCGCAGUCGUUGAAGUUGUUGAGGUACAGCUUGAAGAUCCAGAAGGAAGACCAUGAUGCCACUCAAGUCGCAAGUUUCAGCUUUGUAGACAAGCAGGAGGGGCGCGUCACUACCCGAAGCGCUGUGUCCUCCAGGAGGCAUGCAGGGCUACAUGAUGAGUUGGAGGAGGUGAUCGAGAGUCACCAGAGAGCGAAGGAGACAACAGACAGCUUGCUUCUGAGGCUACAAGACGACGAGACAAGAUUCUACGAGGACAUGUUCGGUAAGCUGGGUUUGAACCUGACACAACAUACAGCAGAGGCUGUUAUGUUGUUGAGAGAGGAGGAGCCUCAGGGGGUUGUUGAGGCUUGUGCGAGGACAACGGGGACAUGUAGAGGACAGGUCGAGUCUUCUGUGGUUCAGCCAUCGGAAAACAACUUCUGCCACGAGCAGGCAGCACCGGUGUCACCCUGUGGCCCUGAGGACCAGGAGGAUGGAGGGGACGACGUUUCAGGCUCAAUGUGCCCUGCUGAUUCAGAGGUCCGCUGCCGCCAAGCGGAGGUUGCGGGGGAUGGCGAUGAAGUUCUGAGAGGUUCAUCGCAAGAGAUGUCGAGGCUGCACGCGUCAAGGAAGGAGUUCCAACAGCUCUAUGAGUCCUGGUGCCGGCUCAUCGACAACGCACUGCUGCUCGAAGAACAACUGGGCCUGCCCUCUGCUCCUCUUCCUGGCGCGCCAAACUCAGAAAAGAUGGAAGAUGGAGUUGGAGCUGGAGCUGGAGCUGGAGCUGUAAGUUAUGACGGAAGGGUAGCAGCUCACAGGAGCGCAGCAAAGGGAUCUGCGAGUUUGCAAGAGGUGAAAGGGAGAGAACAGGAGGCGACGAGGGAGGCAAAAGAAAAUGCUGGAGGAAAUGAUCAAGUGCUGGAAGGAUAUGAUCUAGAGGAGGAGGAGGAGGAGGAGGAGGAGGAGGAGGAGGUGCAGCAGCAGCAGCAGCAGGUGCAGCAGGUGCAGCAGGUGGUGGAGGAGGAGGAGGCUUGUCUGGGAACGACGAUCCAAGUGAGAGAAUUGAUGCAUGAUGAAGGAGAGGAGCGGAGGAGCGAGCCGGAGGAACAUGGCUCGGAGACGAAGUCGAGGGAAGGGAACGAGGAGGGGAGGGGAGGGGAGGGGAGGGGAGGGGAGGCGGAGGAUAACAGCUCCAAGUCCAUCUUGUUUGCCGACAGGGUUAAAGGAUUUCGAGCGGAGGAGGAAAAGGCCAAGAGCAAGGAAAAAAUUCGAGAGAAGCUGGUCCGCUGGUUGAUUGAUGGUGGGGAAUCGACGGUUGCAGCAGCAGCAGCAGCAGCAGCAGGGGGUGGGAUCAGCCUGGAAACACAAGGGAGGAAGUGGACUGCGGAGGGAAGGAAACUUUCGCUGUGGGAAGCUGAUGAUGACGAUGAGGAGGAGGAGGAGAACUUGUGCAGUGGGAGGGAAGAGGCGGAGGAGCUUGCAGGAGGAAAGACCUCAGAGCUGUUGGUCCCUGUUGCGAAGCAACUGGAGGCAGACCAGGAGGAACUGAAAGACUUUGAGAGGCGCAGGCGAGAGGGGGACGAGGAUGAGGACCCGGGCAAGGAGGAGGAGGAAGAGGAGGAGUGCGAGGCUGGCAGGUACAGUGCGGUGGGUUGUGAAAGGUUUGAAGCCAGCAGGGAACAAGAGACCGGAGGCAGGGCAGGGGAACACGGAGAGAUUAAAGCAAGGAGGCAGGAGGUGGAGGAGGAGAAGGGCAGCUGGAGAGGGGAGGGAGGGGAGCAGCUCAUCAGGAGGCAGAGCUCCUUCUUCCGCGAGUACAAAGUCUCGAUCCCCUUCGUCCACGCGAGCCCCUGCCCCUCCCCUGCUCGCCAACUGUCUUCCUCCUCCCUGCAGCGGAGUCAGGUGCUCCGACCUCUCAAAGAGAUGACGCUGGGAAGGGCGAUGGAGGUCCAGAAGCAAGGAGAGAGGGAGAGAGAGGUUGGAGAAGCUGCCGUGGAGAUGCUGCGGCGAAUGGAGGAGGCGGGAGUGGAGGAGAGGAUGGGAAGAAGGGACGCUGUAACGGAGGAGCUGGGGGAGAGGAAGGAUGGAGGGGAAAGAAGCGCACAUAGCAAGAUGCUGAUAAAGGAGGAGGAGGUGAAGGAUGCAAGAAUAAGGAUUCCUCCCCAGGAGGGGAAGGCGAGAUGUACGGAGCCUGUCGUGUUGAAGGAGAAGAACGGCAGGAAGGAGGACAACACGGGAGUCGAGAAGGAGAAGCCAAGGGGAAUGGAGGGGCAGCAGGCAAGGGAGGGCAGGAGGGGAGAAAGAGGGGAGGAGAUGGCGAUGGUGAAGGAGGAGGAAGAGGAGGGGGAGGGAGGCAAAGAGGGUAGGACUAGGGAGAGUGUGGAAGACACGAAGAUUGCAGGCAAACAAAGACAAGCAGAGACUGUGGAGGAGAGGAGAGGGAGCGAGGAGCAAGCGAUGAAGGAUGUUGUGGAAAGGAAGGGAACACAUGUGGAAGGCAGGACGGGUGAGCUGAGGGAGAAAGGAGAGGAGGAAGAGAAAGUAGAGGCGGAGGAUGCUCAAGAGAGCAAGAGGAGUUUCUUCUCCUUCUCGCUCUUCCCGCUCUCUCGUCUCCCUGCUCGUUCGCUUCUUCUCCGUUCUCGCGCCUCCUCCUCUCACCCCCAAGGUCAGUCGCGCAGGCAGCAGCUCAAGCGCCCUCCUGCCUUCUCCCUCCUCCCCACUUACGAGUGGCCCUGGGGAGGGAGAAAAGAUAAUUUGACGGGAGUCAAGGAGGAGGAUGUGAGAUUGAAAGAGCAGCAAGAUCAAUCCUCGUCUGGUCUUGGAGCUCAAUCCUCAGCAGAGGAGCUGAAACAGAUGGAGCAGCAGCAGCACAGUGAGCAGCAGCAGCAGCAACAGCAGCAGCAGCAGCAGCACAGUGAGCAGCAGCAGCAGCAACAGCAGCAGCAGCAGCAGCACAGUGAGCAGCAACAGCAGCAGCAACAGCAGCAGCAGCAGCAGCAGCAACAACAACAAGAUCUCCUUCAAGGACAAGGCCAGCAGACUGUGGAGCAGGAGCUUGUGCGAGUCGAGAGCAGCAGAGCCUCUGAAAACUCCCGCGAGACUGAAAGAGGUCUGGUGAGAGCGAGUCAGAGGGAAGGAGCUGUAGCUUCACCAGGAGACAAGCAGGCGGAAGACUUGAAGAGCCUCAAGGAGGAGAGCGAGAUCGUUCGGAGGGAAGCGAUGAAGCAGCAAGAGGAGCAGAGCGAGUCGGCUAACAGCCUCCUUGGAUCCCCUGCAACUAGAGAGGGGGAACAACACAUGACGACAAGCGUGACGGGGAGGGAGGAGGCAGAGGUCAAGUCUGGGAUGAAGGCGAUGGAGGAGGUGGAGAAGAAGGGGGCAACGGGGCGGGAAACGAAGGCGAUGGAGGAAGAGGGGAGGAGGGAGAAGAGGGAAAAAGAGGAGACGAUGGCAGCAAAAGAGGCAGAGGUGGAGAGGAAGGAGAUGAAGAUGAAGCAAGACAAGUCCGAAGGGGAGCAUGUCAAGGAAGAAACGAGGAAGGAUGCGAUGAAGCAGCAGGAGGAGCUGGGGCAAGCGAGGCUGCGAAAGGAGCAGAGCGAGUCGGCUAACAGCCUCCUUGGAUCCCCUGCAACUAGAGAGGCGGAACAACACAUGACGACAAGAGUGACGGGGAGGGAGGAGGCAGAGGUCAAGGCAGGGAUGAAGCAGGCGGACAAGAAGGGAUCACAAGGGCGGGAAACGAAGGCGAUGGAGGAAGAGGGGAGGAGGGAGAGGGUUGAGGCAGAAUCGAGCUCGAAGUAUCUAGGAGGCGAGGACGUUAAGAGUCAGAACCUCAACUUGUCACUGUACUCAGUCGUCGGCAAUCUGGUGAACACAACCUCCGGCUUCUCCUCCUUCUUCCGAGGGCUGUUGGCAAGCAGCCCACCGACUCUGCGCGAGAAGGAAGACAACGUGUCAAGCACCAACGGCACUGAUGUCAAACUGCUGUCACCUCUCAACACCUCUGAGGGCGAUGCAAGGAGCUGCAGGACGGCGGAUGGAGCAGAGGACACGCCGGGGCAGAAGAACCGAUCGACGGGAGAGACGGAGGGAGGAGUGGAGGCUGGUCCGUGCCCCGGGGAGGAAGAUGGGGAUGUAGGAGUUGAGGGAGGGGAGGACGGGAUCAGACAAAAUGUCACGCUGUUUCUUGACCUUGAUCAUAGCGCCAUCUUCGGUCAGGACGGCAACGACCUGGCCGUCGCUUUCCAGCUCAUGAAAGUCACCCCGCAGCACUUGAACAAGCUUUACUCUCUGCUGAUCAACCCCAGCUGUAUCAAACUUUACCGCGAGCUGGUGGGCAGGAAUUUCUCACCUCAGGUCGUCCUGUACACCCGUAGAGCUCACCUGCUCCGCUACAUCUCCUUCUUGAGAGACAAGCACAUCAAGCUCAGCUGGAACCCAGCUUGGCAUCACAGUGACACCCAAGUUGUCUUUCCUUCCAAGCUCAACCACGCGCAUGAAAUCAUGGCGACUUUCUCCGGCAAGAUUCGGCUCAUGGCUAAGGAACGCCUCGACAUCUUUAUGAGCUUGGAAAGGCUGCUUGCUGCUCGCGAUGCCAUCAAGGAGGCUCUCGGCCUUGAACAUCCUCCUCCCGUCGUCGUCACUGCGGCACCCAAGAAGCUUCUCCCCACCGCCAGAGCUCUCGGGCUGGACCCGGACAAGUCCUACCUGUGGGAUGACAAUGAAGAGCUCCUGGGUGAAAAGAACGUGAUCGUGAUCAACCGGUAUGAGAGCAUGGACCGAGGCCGACGAGAAGAGCUCCUGGGCUUCCUCGAGCAGACGCUGCCUGCUCGCUCCCUGUGCAAGGAGGUUGUCGACUUUAUGAGCAGCGCCUCUCUUCCUUCCAUCCGCUUCGACCCCAACGGGGAGAUCAAGUAUCACAUCCCCGAGGCAAACGGGACCCUCCCUUCCUCCUUCCCGCUCCCUGCAGACUUGCAGGAAGACAGCAAGGCGUGUGCGGCGACUCAAGUUGAGGAAGACAAGGACGAGCCCAGCGAUGUGAAGGAAGGAGACGGAGAGGACAGGAUCAGAACAAGCUUUCUGUUCGGUUUGUUCUCGAAGGCUCUUCGGUUCCAUCAGGUUAUGGAAGAAGCAACUCAAGAUUUUCUUGCCAACACAUGCGCCUUGUAA